UUCUCACAGAAUGGGUAAAAAGAUAAAGAAGAAAGCAGAACCUCCUCCUAAGGAUGUGUUUGAUCCAUUAACAAUUGAAAGCAAAAAUGUAGCAACUGUGGUGUUAAUGCUUAAAUCUCCGGAAGAAGAAAUUUUGGCCAAAGCAUGUGAAGCCAUUUAUAAAUUUGCUUUAAAAGGUGAGGAAAAUAAAGGAACCCUCCUGGAACUUGGAGCUGUAGAAACUUUAACUAAACUGCUCACCCAUGAAGACAAAAUUGUAAGAAGAAAUGCUACUAUGAUAAUUGGAAUCCUGGUUUCUAAUAAUGAUGUAAAAAAAUUGUUAAGAGAAUUAAAUGUCAUGAAUUCUGUUAUUGCUCAGCUUGCUCCAGAAGAAGAAGUAGUUACCCAUGAGUUUGCGAGUCUUUGCCUAGCAAACAUGUCUGCAGAGUACACCAGCAAAGUGCAAAUACUUGAACACGGUGGAUUAAAGCCUCUCAUCAGAUUGCUGAGCAGCCCAGACCCUGACGUGAAGAAGAAUUCUAUUGAGUGCAUUUACAACUUGGUCCAGGAUUUUCAGUGUCGAGCUACACUUCAAGAACUAAAUGCAAUCCCUUCUAUAUUAGAGCUCUUGAAGUCAGAAUAUCCAAUUAUUCAGUUGUUGGCUCUCAAAACCUUAGAUGUUAUUACAAAUGAUAAAGGCUCACGAGCAAUGCUACGAGACAACCAAGGAAUGGACCACCUUACUAAGAUCCUGGAAACAAAGGAAUUGAAUGACCUUCAUAUAGAAGCGCUUUCAGUGAUAGCCAAUUGCCUUGAAGAUAUGGAUACUAUGAUGAUUCAACAGACAGGGGUUCUUAAGAAGCUCUUAGCAUUUGCAGAAAACUCUACAAUUCCUGAUAUUCAGAAGAAUGCAACAAAAGCAAUUACUAAAGCAGCUUAUGAUUCUCAAAACAGAAAACUUUUUCAUGAACAAGAGGUUGAAAAAUGCCUGGUAGCCCUUUUAGGCUCUGAAAGUGAUGGAACUAAAAUUGCUGCUUCCCAAGCUAUCUCAGCAAUGUGUGAGAAUUCAAGCAGCAAAGAAUUUUUCAAUCAUCAGGGGAUUCCACAGUUGGUUCAGUUGCUAAAAAGUGACAAUGAAGAGGUUAAGGAAGCUGCAGCCCUGGCGCUGGCUAAUCUGACUACUUGCAAUUCCGCUAAUGCAAAUGCUGCUGCUGAAGCCGAUGGCAUUGAUCCAUUAAUAAACCUCCUGUCCAGUAAACGAGAAGGAGCCAUUGCCAACGCUGCCACUGUGCUGACGAACAUGGCAACGCAGGCGGCCGUGCGAGAGAACAUUCAGAGCCGUGACGUCAUGCACGCGCUCAUCAGCCCAUUGCGGUCUGCAAACAUGGUCGUGCAGAGCAAAGCUGCUCUCACCAUCGCUGCGACUGCGUGUGAUGUUGAGGCCCGGACAGAGUUAAGAAACUCGGGUGCACUGGAGCCCCUCAUAGAGCUCCUGCGCUCCAAGAAUGACGAGGUCCGAAGGCACGCCAGCUGGGCUGUGAUGGUCUGCGCCAGCGACGAGCUGACGGCCGCGGAGCUGUGCAGGUUCGGGGCUUUAGAUAUCCUUGAAGAAAUUAAUCUGUCAGUAAGUCGAAAAAAUAAAUUCAGUGAGGUAGCUUGUAAGAAAUUGCUCAACUACAACCUGCCUCUGAAAUACAGCCGAACUGGCUACUUGUCAUCAGGUGACAUAAUUACUGACGGAUUCUAUGAUUAUGGUCGGAUAAAUCCUGGCACCAGAUUUCAGCCUUUGAAGGAUCUCUUCCUAGAAGAAGCAAGUGAUCUACGUACUAUACUCUUAGUUAACAGUAAAUCUGAUGUUUCUCCACCUCCAUCUACAGAAGAUAAAUCCUCAGACAUUGGUUAUGGGCACAUUGCUUCAUCUUCUUUAAGGAGAACAAGUGAAGAAAAGACUAGGAAAAAUAGUGCUCGAUUUGGAUCUCCCACAGAAGAGAAAUCAGAGCCUACUUCUGGACGAAACACUGCUGUUGGCAAAAGUGCCACUAAAGAAAAAGGAUCAAGGAAAGGCAAAGGAAAGAAAGAGGAGGAAAAAUUGGAGGAGGAGGAAGAGGUUACAGUAGUACCAAAAUGGGUUGGAGAAGGAUGCUCCGAGAAAGAAUGGUCAUGUCCGUUUGAUCCUGAUUUCUGUGUUUACGUGUUUGAAGUAAUCAAAUCAAUACACCCCAUAGCAAAUACAAGGGAACAGGUUGAAGCUCUUGCAAAGUAUGUGGCAGAAAAAAUGGGUGGUAAAAUUCCAAAAGAUAAACUACAGAAUUUCAACUGGCAACUUCAUAUAAGUGAAAUAAAAUUUCAACUUAAAUCCAAUGUUGUUCCAAUUGGACAGAUAAAAAAAGGAAGCUUCUAUCAUCGAGCUUUGCUUUUCAAGGCUCUGGCUGAUAAAAUUGGCAUCGGCUGCUCUUUGGUUCGAGGGGAGUAUGGAAGAGCGUGGAAUGAAGUUAGGCUGAUUAAUGAAUCUCAAAAGGGAGUGAUUGGGGGUCUCCGCCCUGAAGUAUUCAUUGUUGACCUCAUGUUCCAUCCAGGUGGAUUGAUGAAGUUAAAAAGUAAAGAAGCAGAUCUUUAUAGAUUUCUCUAA